ACAUUCAUUUGAUUGAAAGUGCGAGAACUCAUAUCAAAGUUAUAUUGUGGUUCAGUUUUGAAGAAAAUUGAGAAAAUGAUUGUUUCACCCUUCAGGAUCGUAGGACAACCCCUGCACUAUUUCAACCCUUAUCCGAAACUAGAAGUGCCAGACGAUAUUCGCUACAUACAAAACUUCGUUCCCUACCACACCACAAUGGAAAUGCCAAUGGAAAUAAUGGCAUCGUCUCCAAUAAGUACACAGAGUGAUAGCGACAAUUCCGUCUCCAGCGUGGAAAUACCUCAGAAGGAAUUAGGAAUCGUCAACAACAUAAUAAAAUUUGCUGAGAAAUCUCAGGUGCAGUGCCGUUGGAAAUCUUGCGGUAUAUUUUACUCCUCUCUGGAUCAGCUCUCGUCUCACAUAUCCCAAGUGCACUCAGCUAGUGGUCUAGGCGGACUGUUUUAUUGUGGAUGGGAUGGUUGUUCCAGAAAUAACAAAAGUUUUAACGCUAGAUACAAAAUGCUGGUUCAUGUCCGAACGCACACCAACGAAAAGCCUCAUAAAUGUUUCCAGUGCGACAAAUCUUUCUCGAGAGCCGAGAACCUGAAAAUUCACACUAGAUCUCACAGCGGAGAGAAACCUUACGCCUGCACUGUUCCGGGCUGCAACAAAGCCUACUCCAAUUCUAGUGAUAGAUUCAAACAUACCAGAACCCACCAAGUUGAAAAGCCAUACCAGUGCAAAGUUCCAGGUUGUCCCAAGAAGUACACAGACCCCAGCAGCUUGAGAAAGCACACGAAGACUUUCAGGCAUUUUGUGGUUGAGAAAACAUUAGUAGACGAUAAUCUACAAAACUCCGAAGUAAGAAGAAAUGAAAUGAUGUCAACACAACCGAUUUACCGAGAAAAUGUUAUAAGACAUCCAUGCGGUUGUAGCAAAGGAUGCAGUGUCAGCAGUUGCAAUAGUCAUACCGAUAUUCUAAGAAUUGAAGCCCUCAUCAAUAUCAGAAAUGAGAAAAAAAGUCUGAGUACCUGGAACAGAUAUAUCGAACCUUAUUUUGAUGAGUGCUCCCGUGAUUUCAGCUACUAUGAAGAAAGCAUUCAAGUUGAUGUGCCAUUAGAUCUGAGUGUGCAUAGGAAAAACUUUUGAGUAGCCGAUUGGUCGAGAUGUUUUCUUGGAUAUAAAACUUGUAGCAAGUUCCUAAUGGAAAAUAUCACUAAUGAAACUAGUGAUACAGAACUGGUACGAUCUGGAAUCAGGAAGGUCAAUCAUUAUGAAUAAUGAGACUUUUUGUAUUGAAAAACCCAAAGUAAAGGGUAUAAUUUGAUUGAAGUGUUUACUUACCAGCAACAGUGUGGAGUGAUUCUUUUCAAUGACCAGUUAUGCAACUGUGAAAAUCUUUUUGAGCGUUGAACCUAUAGUAAAGGUGUUGAGAGUGGAGAUUAAAUGAUGUGAUGUUAUGUAUUUGUAAAAUAUAAGUUUGAAUUAAUGAA